CAGGCCAGGGAUCAUGGGUCCUAUUCUAGGUAGCCCUAAGUAGUGCUGAUCUGCGGCUGCGGUCUGUCCGUCCCUGCCUAAAGAGAGCUACAGUUGAAAGUUCAUUUGGGGUCCAGGUAGCCACACCCGGACAAGCGUCAGGAGUCGCCUGUUCUUUUUAGUUCCUGCGAGGUCCUCCUCUGUCCCGGUUUCCCGCGCCAGUUCCGCGGAGAAACCCCUCUCCGCUUGUCCCCAGGUCCCUCUCUAACUCCAAGGAUGAGCCUUCGGCAGCUGCACUUACACUUGCCCCGGAGUGGCUGGCGGUGGUUCCCGUCAGCCGAGACCGUCUGCUCGGGCUGGAGACGCCAGGUCCUCGUGGGUUCCCGCCGAGGCCAGUCCUCCAGGUCUCCGGCGCACUGGAGUCAGGUGGUGUCGGAGGCCGAGAAGAUAGUGGGCUACCCCACGUCCUUCAUGAGCCUCCGCUGCCUCCUGAGCGACGAGCUCAGCAACAUCGCCAUGCAGGUGCGGAAGCUGGUGGGCACUCAGCACCCGCUGCUUACCACGGCCAGGGGACUUGUUCAUGACAGCCGGCACAACCUCCAGUUGAGGGGUUUGGUGGUGCUGCUUAUUUCCAAGGCAGCUGGGCCCAGCACUGUGGACGUCUCUUGUCAAAACUAUGACAUGGUCAGUGGGAUCUACUCAUGUCAAAGAAGCUUGGCAGAGAUCACAGAACUUAUCCAUACCGCUCUCCUUGUACAUCGCGGGAUCGUGAAUCUAAGUGAAUUGCAGUCUUCUGAUGGGCCACUGAAAGAUAUGCAGUUUGGAAAUAAAAUAGCCAUCCUGAGUGGAGACUUUCUUCUAGCAAAUGCCUGCAAUGGACUAGCCCUCCUCCAGAACACCAAGGUUGUGGAACUAAUAGCAAGCGCUCUUAUGGACUUGGUACAAGGAGUAUAUCAUGAAAAUUCAACUUCAGCAAAGGAAAAUUUUAUCACAGAUGAUAUUGGAAUAUCAGCUUGGAAGGAGCAGGCUUUUCUCUCUCAUGGUGCCUUACUGGCAAAGAGCUGCCAGGCUGCAAUGGAGUUAGCAAAGCAUGGCGCGAAGGUGCAGGAUAUGGCAUUUCAGUACGGGAAGCACAUGGCCAUGAGCCACAAGAUAAAUUCUGACCUCCAACCCUUUAUUAAAGAAAAAAGCACUGACUCUACGGCCUUUAACCUGAACUCAGCACCUGUAGUCUUGCAUCAGGAGUUUCUUGGAAGAGAUUUGUGGAUGAAGCAGAUUGGAGAGGCUCAAGAAAAGGGAAGAUUAGACUACGUGAAGUUGCGAGAAACAAUCAAAGCUGGCAAAGGUGUGACUUCAGCGAUUGACCUGUGUCGUUACCAUGGAAACAAGGCCCUGGAGGCCCUGCAGCGCUUCCCUCCCUCCGAGGCCAGAUCUGCUUUAGAAAACAUUGUGUUUGCUGUGACCAGAUUUUCAUGACACCAAAUUAAAAAGACCCCAUUGUUCCGAUGACUGAGACAACCUAAGCAGGGAGGUGAUGGGGAGAGCUUUUACGAUGAAAUCUCUAAAUGGGUUAAUGACUUUAAAAAACAGACAACCCGCCACACACACCCUCACUGAGCCCCAAAUCCUCUUAUCAUGUUGCUAAAUGAAUACUGCCUUCUUAUUGCAACUGCUACCAACAAAAUUUGGAAGAAGCAAAAAAAAAAAAAGGUCAAGCAGUUUUCACUUGUCACGCCAGAAGCACACUUGAAGCUGCAGCAGCAGAAAUAAUUAAUGAGACUCGCUCCGUGACCUCAGCAAAUGGACAGGAAAUAAGUCCUUAUUGAUUGGACUGAGCUGGGGAUGGCGCCAGGGCGGUGGCCUGCGGUUUCUCCUCCUACAGGGGACAGAGCAAGCUGCAGGUGUCACUCCAGCCACAGCGGCCAGGGUGGACCAGCAAACCAAGAAUGAGCCACCCGUUUGUCAUAACAGACCAUUUUGAUGAAUU